AUGGAUUUCUUGUGGAUGGGAGUCAACAUCUUCCUCUUUGUCUGGUACUACUUCUACUAUGAUUUAGGAGAUGAGUUUUUCUACACACGACAUCUGUUAGGAUCAGCUCUGGCCUGGGCUCGAGCUCCUGCUGCGGUCCUAAACUUUAACUGUAUGCUGAUUUUGCUGCCCGUCUGCAGGAACCUACUGUCUCUUAUCCGAGGCUCCUUCAUGUGCUGCGGUCGAACCAUACGGAAGCAACUGGACAAAAACCUGACUUUCCACAAACUGGUUGCCUACAUGAUUGGUCUGAUGACAGCUGUCCACAUGGUCGCUCACCUCAUGGAGUGGUUGAACAACAGCAGACAGGGCGUAUACGACAAACUGAGCACAGCUCUGUCCGCGCUGGAGGACGGCGCGAACACCUCGUACUUGAACCCCGUCAGGAAAACUGACAUUGAUCCUCAGCAGAUUCCCACCUACUUCGUCUUCACCACCAUCGCAGGUCUGACGGGAGUCGUCAUCACUCUGGCUCUCAUCCUCAUCAUCACCUCCUCCAUGGAGGUGAUCAGACGCAACUACUUCGAGGUCUUCUGGUACACGCAUCAUCUGUUCAUCAUCUUCUUCGCCGGUCUGGUCUUCCACGGAGCAGGGCGUAUCGUGAGAAGUCAGCAGAAUGAAAAAGCUCACAACUUCACCUUCUGUAAAGACCGUCCUGAAGAUUGGGGUCUGAUUCCCGAGUGCCCUCUUCCUACGUUCGCUGGAGGUUUCCCAAAGACCUGGAUGUGGGUGAUUGGACCGAUGUUCUUUUACGUGUGCGAACGCCUGCUGCGCUUCGUUCGUUUUAUGCAAACAGUCCAUUACAGGAAGAUUGUGAUGAGACCUUCCAAAGUGUUGGAGCUGCAACUGGUGAAGAGCGGCUUUAAGAUGGACGUGGGGCAAUACGUCUUCCUCAACUGUCCGGCCAUUUCUCAGCUGGAGUGGCAUCCGUUUACCAUGACGUCCGCCCCCGAGGAAGACUUCUUCAGCGUCCACAUCCGCUCCGCUGGGGACUGGACGGACAAAUUGAUCGACAUCAUGCAGAAGCUGCCAGAGGGAGCUCAGGGACCAAAGAUGGGCGUAGACGGACCUUUCGGUACCGCCAGCGAGGACGUCUUUGACUACGAGGUCAGCAUGUUGGUGGGAGCUGGCAUCGGGGUCACGCCUUUUGCCUCCAUCCUCAAAUCCAUCUGGUACAAGUUCAAGGAAGGGAAUCCUAAACUGCGCACCAGGAAGAUUUACUUUUACUGGCUCUGUCGGGAAACGCAUGCCUUCGAAUGGUUCGCUGACCUGCUGUGCGUUCUGGAGAAGGAGAUGGAGGAACGAGGGAUGGGUCAUUUCCUGACCUACAAACUUUUCCUGACAGGCUGGGAUCAGAACAUAGCAGAUCAUGCAAAGGUCCAGGUGGACGCCGACACGGAUGUGAUCACGGGACUCAAACAGAAGACCCACUACGGUCGACCGGUCUGGGACAAGGAGUUCGAACAAAUCCGCAAAGAGAACCCAACAUCUGUGGUGGGAACUUUCCUGUGCGGCCCAGAAGCACUCGGAAAAGUCCUGGAGAAGAAAUGUGCAAAAUAUUCUGAAGUGGAUCCUCGGAAAACCAGGUUUUACUUCAACAAGGAGAACUUCUGAGCAGACAAGACGACGAGAAUAACCUUUGAAGACAAUCACAGCCUCAGAGACUGGGGACGUUUCUGUUACUAAGAAAGACAUUAGUGUCACCGCUGAUAAUCCAUUGUUCAAGCUGGGUUCACCGAAACCUUUGCGUAACAGUGAAUCAUCAGGUCACACUUGAACACAUUCAAGCUUUUCCCCGUUUCAUUCCUCAAAUCUACUUCCUCCUGCAGUAAACAAUGGGUUAUUAUUAAACUGUGUCUUAAACAAUUCAUCCGAAGAACAAUAGGAAGAAGUCUGAGUUAAAAACAGGGUUGAAGAGUUAAAGUUACCGAGCGAGUCCAGCUGAAUGUUUCGAAACGUCUUUGGACAGCAUGACUUGGACGACCGAGAGACAUUGUAAAUAAACAGAACUGAUAAAACUUUUUUUUAUGUUUGUUUUUUUUAAGGACAACAGUGGUUAAAGAGUCGAGUAAAUGGAUGAAAAAUGUUCAAUGCGAUCUGCAAUUUUAGGUGCAUCACUGUUAUUUACUCUGAAAUGAGAAACUAGAGAACUAGAGUAUUGGCUAUUUAUUGGAAACACUAAAAUUAAAAAACAAAAACAAAAAAAAUCCUAAAUUGAAGAAUCUUCAGAUACAAGUUGGAGGUGAGAUGGUCUGGACAUCUGAAAUGAAAAUGAAAUGAUUAAUAAUGUCAGUUAUAUAAUUCUUUAAUCAGUUUCAAUAAAAUGACAAAGUGAUGCUGAUGAGGCAAAAAAAAAAAA